AUGGACGAAGAGAACGUACUCAACUUUGUCAGCAUCACCUCGUGUGACCCUGACAAGGCGGCCCAGUACCUGCGCCUCACAGACAACAACCUGGAGCAGGCCAUACAGCUCUUCUUCGACAGCCCAAACCUCGACUUCGGGCCUGCGACCACAGCAGCCACGUCCACUGCUCCUGCAGCUGCCUCAUCAGCGCAAAACCCUACCACCAUCGAUUCGGACGACGAAAUGUCCGACUUCAACCCCGGCGCGCACACAGAUACCCCACCCGUACGGUCACAGCAGAACUUCGAGAGUGACGAGGAAUUGGCACGGCGGCUGCAGGAAGAAGACUAUGGCGCUCGUGGCGCAGGAGGCGACCCGGACGAAGUCCGCGCUCCCAUGCAACGAACGACAGAGACAUUGGUAGGACCUGGGUCAGAUUGGGGGCCUGCAGACGCAGAUGACGACAUCGACGCCAUGGUGCAGGAGCAACUGGCGCGUCGGCAGCGAGGGCGAGCCGGCAUCUUCAACCAACGAACCGCGCAGAGCUCCGUAUGGGAUAACUCCGCCGACGCAGAGGCCAGGCGACGAGAGCUGGCGACGUCAACGGGCGGCGCGUCGGAGCAGAGCGCGAAGAUGAACAUGCUCGCAGAGCUGUUUCGACCUCCAUUCGAGCUGAUGUACCAAGGGUCGUGGGAGAAGGCGCGAGACAUGGGCAAGGACGAGGAAAAGUGGCUCAUCGUCAACAUCCAAGACCCGGCCAUUUUUGACUGCCAGCUUCUCAACCGUGAUAUCUGGAAAAACGACGACAUCAAAGCGACUGUACGAGAGAACUUCCUCUUUAUGCAAUAUGCGAAAGACGACCCCCGCGGCCAGCAGUACGUCAACUACUACUUCCACGCCCGCGAUAGCUCGGAUGCAUACCCACACAUCGCCAUUGUCGACCCCCGAACAGGAGAGCAAGUCAAGGUCUGGUCUGGCCCGCCUAUCCCCGCUCCCGUCGAGUUCCACGCCCAACUUCACGAAUUCCUCGACCGCUACAGCCUCAACGUCAACGCCAAGAAUCCUGUAGCCAAGCGCAAAGCGGAGAAUAAGAAAGUGGAUGUCAACCGCAUGACUGAAGAGGAGCAGCUGGAAUGGGCGUUGCAGAACAGCAUGGACAACGGCGGCAGCGGCAACGAAGGGCCUAAAGACAACGAUCCGGACGCGCUCACAAAAGACGAAGGCAAGGGCAAAGCGCGCGCCACAUCACCUGUCCCAGAGGUGGCAACACCAGGCGCAGUUGCAACACCAGCAACAGAAGAGCCUGCAGCCGCUGCGAACCCGCUGUUCGCCUCCAUCUCCUCCCACGUACCCCACACCGAACCCACGGUCACAGACCCAAAGAUCACAACGCGCAUCCAAUUCCGCGGGCCGUCCGGUCGACCCAUUGUGCGGCGCUUUAACCUGUCGGAUCCUGUACGACGCGUGUACGAGUGGAUCAAGAGCGACGCGCCGUGGGAAGGCAAGCAAGGCUCCGAGUUCGAUCUGGUGUUCAUGGGCAAGAACUUCAUCGAGCAUCUCGAGGAGACGAUCGAGGCCGCAGGACUGAAGGGCGCAAGUCUGAUGGUCGAGUUCGCCGAGUAG